GGACGCCAUCAACUGUUAAGCAAAAAAAUAUAUUUCAACUUUUAUUUAUUGUUAAAAUAUCGCCAUAUUUCGGAUUGACAUAGGGGCUAACCUACAUGGUGUCUUUAAAUUAAUAACAUUAGUUAAUUGAACUUAAGGGUUUAAAUAAAUGCCCAGGCAAAUACAACGAAAGCGAGAUUAGGUCCGCUGUUAGAGGCGAAUGCGAAGCUGUGUACAGAUUAGCUUGGGUGGAAGCUUUAAAACAGGUUAACUGGACGUUUUAAGUAAUAAAUAAGAACAGCGUUCGCGGAAUUUGUGAAUGGUUCACUUGCUGUUUCUAUGAUUAUCCUUCACUGAGAAUUUCAAUUAUUCAUAAAAUCGAUAUUAUUCAUUUUUAUUGCACAUUGAUUCGGUAAAUGUAGCCGAGGUGUUGAUUUUGUGCUUGGAAAUGGUUAACGUCGUAACUUAUGAAGAGGUUAAGGAACUGGCUAGCAAGAAAACUGAGCUAAUUAUUGAUGUGCGCGAGCCAAAGGAGCUUGAAGACACCGGAAAAAUACCCGGAAGCAUAAAUAUUCCAUUGGCCGACCUGGAACGGGAACUGCUAUCGCAUUCCGAUGAGUUUUUGAAAAAGUUCGGGAUAGAGAAGCCUGAUAAAAGUGCUCCUAUUACUGUGCACUGUAAAAUGGGAGGAAGAAGCCUAAAGGCCUGCAAACUGUUGGAACAGAUGGGAUAUACCAACUUGAAAAAUUAUUCUGGUGGCUGGUCCGAUUGGAAAAAACACCUUGAUUGAAUUGGAAAAGUACUAAAAGCGCUUGUACAAUAUAUGAAAUAACUAGGUUUAGGUGCAUAAAUCAAACUCACAUUUUUUUUGUCUCUUAUCAAUGCCUAAUAAACUACAUAUUAUUUACAA